GCUAUUGUUCCCGGGCGUGGGGUAACUGCGUAGGAAGCUAGGAUGAUACCACAGAAUCAUAAAGCAUAUGGCAUCUCUAUCAAAACAGACAAUCAGCAUGUCACAGCAAAGGAGUUUCAGGAGGCUAUGCUUAGCUGUAAAUAUUCAGCUGGAAAGGAUAUUGUUCCAAGAGUAGAAUGGAAGAAACUCACAAAUGUUGUCUCAUUUGUGUACUACAAAGAUGAGUUAGUAGGUGAUCUCAAAGGCCGAGCAGAAAUGAUAGAUUCAAGCAUACGAAUUAGAAAUGUUACCAGAAAAGAUUCUGCGAGAUACCGUUGUGAAGUUAGUGUGCCGACUGAACGAGGGCAACAUCUGGCGGAGACUACUAUUACUCUCACGGUGCUGGUGGCCUCAGCAGCGCCAUCAUGCGAAGUGCCCAGCUCAGCAAUGAGUGGAACGGUCGUAGAAAUGAGAUGUAAAGAAAAUGAAGGGUCUCCUGCUUCUGAAUACAGAUGGUAUAGGAACGGUGUUCCUUUGGUGGAAAACACUGGAACUGGCAGUACUAAAAAAGGAAACAUUUCUUACACCAUGAAUAAAAAGACUGGAACACUGCUAUUUAACACAGUUUCAAAGAAAGACACUGGAGAGUAUUACUGUGAAGCCUCCAAUGGAAUUGGACUUCCUCAAAAAUGCUCUGCAAAGCAAAUGCAAGUUGAUGAUCUUAAUAUAAGCGGAAUCAUAGCUGCUGUAGUAGUUGUGGCUCUGGUAAUGGCAUUAUGUGGCCUUGGGGUAUUUUAUGCACAAAAAAAAGGUUACUUUUCAAAAGAAAGCCCUUCUCAGAAGAAGAGUUCUGACUAUAAAUAUACCCCAAGUGAAAAGGAUUUCAGGCACACCAAGUCCUUUGUUAUUUAGAAGAUUUCUGACUCUGAGGGAUACAAAAUGACUACUUGUUAUACGCAGUAUCAAAGGGAUUUUUCUAACUCUUCUGCAAAUACUUGGAUUUGUUUUGAGAUGGUAUAUACUCAUGCAGAACAUCUAUUGGAAGGCCUAGGAUCUAAUGCUACAAACCUAAUCAUGUACUGUAUAACUGUGUUCAUAUUGUUAAUACCAUUAUUUCUCUAAUUUAAGGAUAAUAGUAAAUAGAUAAUAUAAAUCAUUUGAA